UGCUCCUCAUAGAAUCACGCUCUUGCGCCGCCAUGAUCGCAGUGCGACGAAUUCGACAGAUCUCAGCCCUCCUGAGGCCACCCAGUGGAGUCGGGUACCGGACGUUCUCGCACCAGGGCCUGGCCCCGUCGCCACAGACGGUGCAGAUCGCUGCGGCAGAGCGAGAGGCUUAUCAGCGAGAUGGUGUGGUGCACCUGCCUGGCGCCUUCAGCGAAGAUUGGGUGACUUACUUGCGUGAGGCCUUUCAGCAGGGCAUGGAGAAGCCAGGCAAGUAUGCGGAAUUCAUCGGCAAGGAGACGACCUGGGAGACGCUCUUUGAGACCACGAGGAAUGACGUUCAGAUGUUCCAGGAUCAAGUGUUCUACGCUGAAGCCACGGAGCGCGUUCCAGCCUGGCAGCCCCUGCUGCACAGUCACGCGGCGCAGCUCAUCGCCGAACUCAUGGGCUCGGCCGCCGUGUCCUUCUUUUACCUGCAUGCCAUCUUGAAGCGUGGAGGUUGCGAACAGGCCAUUCCGUGGCAUCAGGACCUGCCCUAUUGGAAGGUGGACGGUCGGCAAAUUGGAUCGGUUUGGAUCGCGCUGGAUGAUAUGCCUCUGGCGGCCAGCGUGCGAUAUGUGCAGGGCUCGCACGCUUGGGGCCUUUUCCGUCCGCAGCACUUUGUGGACCACUCCUCCUAUACAGGGCGAGAGGACUUGCCCUUGCUGCCGGACGUGGAUGGCUUGCUGCAAACAGGCCGUGCCAAUGCCUUGGCCUUUGAAGUGAAGGCCGGCGAUGCCCUGUGCUUCGACGCACGAAUCGUGCAUGGCUCCUUGGGCAAUCCAGAGGUGGUGCAGGAACACCGCCGUAUAGCCCUGCGCUUCGGAGGAGAUGAUGCGACCUACUGUGAUCGAGAGGGAGAAACGGCCAUUCCCACGCCGGAAAUCGACGCGACUCAUGGCCUUCGCCAUGGGGAUGCCUUGACCUGCGAGGCCUUUCCACGUGUUUGGCCGUGAAGGAGAAGACCAGGCCGCGCUUGCCGGACAACCUUUGGCACGUGGCCGCUGGGACCGUUGUGCUCGCUGGGGCGUGCUCGCUGCGUGCGAUGGAGCAAAGGGCGGCCGAGCGCGCAGCGUGCGGGCAGCCGAGCGUGGGGCGCUGGCACCAUCAAGGGGCACCUCCCCAUCGAUGUUCGGG